AAAAAAAAAAGAAAAAAGAAAAGCCACCUAAAUCGAAUCGAAAAAGGAGCAAGUUACCAUGGCAAUAUUUCAAAAACGAUCCCUAACCUCAAUUGACGUCUCUCUCCAUCUCUUUGGCACCCGCCGUCGUCAACGGACUGCCGCAUUCCGUUCGCCGGAAAACCACAAGCAUCACCAUUUCAGUGUACGUGGAAACCCUGAAGAUGACCAGCCUAUUGAUUGCCACUGAAGAUCCGCAUCUUCUAUUUCAUCGGCUGUUCAACAACAGUUUCCAAACCCUAGGCUUUAUCAAGGAUCGCAUUUCUCAGAUCUUUAUAGACGUUUUAUGCUACACACGCUCUAGCGCAUAUCUGACUGAUACGAGGACUUCCAGGAACAAUGAACUAUUCCCAUUUGCUUUUCAAGAUCUUCUUGAAGCAAUUGGAAGUAAACAUCAACGGAAAACACAAGAUUUUUCAGCACCUGAUAAAGAUUCCGGGGGUGGUGGUGGUGAUCCUGAAGUGGUCUUCAAUGUGUUGGAUGCCAUUCUUAAGUGUAGUUUAGAGAGGUUGAAACAUAUGAGGGAAAGCAUGUCAUGGGCACAUAUAGGCCAUUACAACUACAAAUUAAAAGCAGGAUACAAUCAACAUAUAGACACAAUUAGGAGUUUAAGCUUAGAGGGUAGAUUAGGAGUAGCAUUGAAGCUAAGAAGCAAAAUGAUACAUCAAGGUAUUUUUCCCGAUGUAGUUACACAUAACUACCUCAUUAAUGGAUUCUGUAAAGUCAAUGCAUUUGAGAAAGCAGAAUGGCUUGUAACUCAGAUGAGUUUGUGGGGCCCAUCUCCUAAUGUUGCUACCUACAACACUUUAAUGAAGGGUUAUUGUGCUUUUGGUGAUACAGAUAAAGCUCUAGAUCUUAUAUCAGCUAUGAACUAUGGGAAAGUAAAACCAAAUGUAAUCACUUACACUAUUCUAGUACAUGCACAUUGCAAGAAAGAGAAGUUAGAAGAAGCUAGGGCACUUCUUCUGGAAUUAACAGAUGAAUAUAGUGAAAAGACACUUAUAGCCUCAACAAUUCUCAUGGAUAGUUCUUUCAAGAAAGGAGAUACGUCUCUUGCUUUUACACUUUGGAAAGAGAUUUUCAGUAAAGAAGUGGAUGUUGUUGCAUAUAAUGUUGUCAUCCAUGGAUCUUGUUUGAGUUUGAGAUAUGAUUUGAUUCUUGCAUAUAAAUACAUAAACCAAAUGCUAAAAAUCGGUUUUCUUCCAGAUAAUUUCACCUACAACACUCUUAUAAACACACUUUGUAAGAUGAAAAGAAUCGAUGAAGCUGUUUAUCUCUACAAAGUCAUGUCAAAAAUGGGUGUUACUCCAGAUAAAAUCACAUACAAAAUACUAAUUCAAGGGUUAUGUAGAGUUGAAAACGUGGUAACAGCUCACGAGUUACUUAAUUCCAUGUUGGAAAAAUCAAUGAUUCCUCCACUGCUGACAUGGAACCUUGUCAUUGGUGGAUAUGGUAGACAUGGAGAUAAGCAAAACACAUUACAUAUAAUGAAUCAAAUGAUGGAAUAUGGUGUUUUGCCUAAUGUGUUUACUUAUAAUGCUUUGAUUCACAUGUUUAUAAAACGUAGAGAAAUAUCCAAGGCUCAUUUGGUGAUGAAGGAGAUGAUUUCAUGUGGCCCUUUGCCUGAUAUAGUGACUUAUAAUUUGUUGGUAGGGGCAGAAUCGGAAUUUGGACAUCUUUAUUCUGCUGAGCAAAUUCAUGAUGAUAUGUUGGAAAGAGGGUGCCGGCUUAUUGAAGUUACAAUGUGUGUUAUUCUUCAGGCUGCAAAAAAUUUUCAAGAAUUACAAUUUCCAACAUGCUUCUUAUGCAUCAUUAUAAGUGAUAUGAGGGAGGUGCUUAAGCAUUGAAGCUGGGGGAGAUGAGAUCUCUCUUGAAGGAAAAAAGAAAUUCUCAUAACUAAAGAUCAUCAACAAAGCUUUUUGAUGUUCAUUUUAUGUAUGUUAAUGACACAAAAUUUUCAUUAUUGUUAUUUUCACUUUUUUCUAUCAUAUGUUUCCUGUUGUAUGUAGCCUUAUAUUAAGUCCAAAUGUUAUGUUUGGUUAUGGUUAUUCUAUACAUAAAUUUGAUUCUACAAAAAGGAAUUGAGGGCAUGAUCUUUUUUGUUU